AUGAUCGUCAUGGAGCUGAGGGUACAUCGCAGCCCAAUUCGAGUGCGCAACAAACCUUUCGAAGAGAAGAGACGAGCGGAGGAGGCCAAACUUUGGCAGACCGAGGACGAGAGAUAUCGAGCGGUGCGGAGUGCGAAUGGAUAAAGAAAAGAGGAAUGGAAGUGAUGAUAUGGAUAAAGAGGAGCAGGAGAAUGUUCCUAAUCAUUCGGAGGACUUAGAACUAGAGAUAACGACGAAUUAUUUGAAUGGACAAGAAGAAGAAGAAUGUAGCUCUGACCAAGUGCAUCCAGAAACAAAAGUGGAGAGAUAUAACGAGAGUGCUCCUCAUCCGAAUGACUUCUUGAAAAAAAAUUCAGUAGUGGAUUCCUAUUUGUGCAAUUAGCUCUCUUGGCCCUCAAAGCAAUACCCGUUUGUUUUUAGGUCGUUUUUCCAGAUGUUCGACUGCUGUUAUCCAUCUGUUUCUCAAUUUGGCGUCCAUAUCAUCCAUUCCUAUUUACGGACGAUGAAAACAGCCAAAAAACAUUUUCAACUCCGUGCUUGGUGCUUUGGAAAGUAUUGGCUUUUUUCCACAAUAGUAAGAUCUUUUUUCUCAUCUUAUUGAAAUUAUUUCAAUUUUUCCAGCGCUCAAGUUUCUGAUCAUUUUUCUGGUCGUCUGUGAUAUAUUCCACGGUGCCGAUGACUACGCCGAGGUCAACAACAUCACCACUCCGAUUCCGGCUCCGGCAAGCCGCCAGAAAGUCUGUCCGAUUAGGAAGUGA